GGAUGGGACAUCCGAAGGAAUUGUCCUCACCGCGGGUAACCGCACCCAUCCCCAGGAACGACCACGACCACCCCCUCGGAUCCGCUUCAUCCUCGCCCUGUCCGUCGCAGUCCGCACGAAUCGUGAGGUCGGACGUGGGCUACGACCGAAGGGAUCGCAAGAUCUCGAGCGGGAGUGAGGGAACUCGGGGCACCGCCUUCGCCACGACUUAGGUUUCGAUCGCCACGGCACCGAGCGCACCGUACUUCGCGACUCGUUUCGUAAUGAAUGUUGUGGAACUGGAUUUCCGCUUUGCCACGUGGCGCGUCUCCCCUGCCUACGUGGCGCCGGGGUGGACGGCGACUACGUCGCGCUAAGAGUGAGAUGAGAGAGAAAGAAAGAAGGGAAGCGUCCGACCGAGACAGAGUCUCUCGCACGGACACGAUCGAUCGUUCGACCGAGAGAGAAAGAGAGAAAGAGAGAGAGAGAGAACGAGAAAAGCUCUCCGGUCUCCGACUUCCUUCGAGCGGACAUCGUGUCCCCAAAUCCCUACGACCAAAGGCCCUCGUUCCCCUGAGCCGGAUACCCUCAACCAAUCUUUUUCCGCCGAAAGAUCCCAUUCUUGAACGGAUCCCGAUCGAUUCUACGAAGCAGCACGCGAGAUCCGGCGCUCCGUCUCGCUCCAGCUGACGCCUCGUACUUCGCGUUCCGUUCGUUCUUUGUCUCUCCCACUUUUUGGGUCGGUCACCGCCGUGGACGGGACGAGACGGAGAGUGAGGGUCUGGAUCGAGCUGGGAUCGUAUCUAGGAAUUGAAACGGAGGAGGGACGGGGGACGCGGGGGGUUCGUGCUUCGGAUGAGGACCACCCAUGUUCCAGUCAUCGCGGAAAACGAUGAAAUGGUCGUCAUUGCUUAAGGAUCUCAGGGAGAAGAUCGGGCUCUCCGCGUCGCAGCCACAGUUACAGUCCGUAGCCUGCCCGUCUCCCUCGCUCUCCGCCGCCGCCGAAUAUGGUGGAGCUGGCGCAUCGGAGUCGGCCCCGUCGUCGGCAUACGGAUCUCCCGUCGCGUCACCUGCGAGAGGCAAACAUGAAUUGGAGUUGGACUUUAAGAAGUUCUGGGAACAAUUCCGAUCUUCCAGCUCUGAAAAGGAGAAAGAAACAGCAUUAAAUUUGGCUGUAGAUGUAUUCUGUAGACUGGUUAAGCAGCAGUCCAAUGUAGCUCAGUUGAUUACCAAGUUUGUAGAAGUACACAUAUUUUCUUUUGUUGUUGGAAGAGCCUUUGUGACAGAUUGUGAGAAGUUGAGAAUCUAUAGCAAGGGAAAAUCUUUAAAUGUUGCAAACAUAAUAAGUUUCUUUUCUGAAGUUAAGGAGGGGAUCGGCCGUGGUUCUAAUUUGUUAUAUGCAGUAGAGUUCCUUGUAACAGGGGCAACGGAUAAGCAACCCCUGUUGGAUUCUGGCAUUCUAUGCUGUCUUAUUCAUAUUCUCAGUGCACUUUUAACUCCUGACAAGGCCAAGAAAGGACAACUUGAAACCUUAGAAGAAUCAACUAAAAGUAAAAAAGCUAUGGAUGAUAAAGAUGCUCUUCGAGUGCGACGGCUUGAGAUAGAAGGAAGUAUAGUGCAUAUUAUGAAGGCAUUAGCAAGCCAUCCUUCAGCAGCACCAAGUUUGAUUGAAGAUGAUUCACUUCAGCUUCUCUUUCAUAUGGUUGCAAAUGGUUCUUCACAUGUAUUUGCUCAAUUUGGAGAUGGCCUUGUUCCUUUGCAUACCAUUCAACUUCAUCGACAUGCCAUGCAGAUACUUGGUCUUCUUCUUGUCAAUGACAAUGGAAGCACAGCAAAAUAUAUACAUAAGCAUCACUUGAUAAGAGUCCUUUUGAUGGCUGUCAAAGAUUUCAAUCCUCAGAAGGGUGAUGCUGCGUACACCAUGGGAAUAGUUGAUUUGCUGCUUGAAUGCGUCGAAUUAUCAUAUAGACCUGAGGCUGGCACCACUAAUCUAAGGGAAGAUAUACACAAUGCACAUGGCUAUCACUUUCUUGUUCAGUUUGCCUUAACACUAUCCAGCUUGCAAAAGGAUCAGGUUGUUCAGUCAGUCAGUUCAAAGUUGCCACAUAAAGAGUCUUCCCAACUGGAUGGUCAGGAUGCAGCUAAUAGUUCGAUACAGUUGGAAAGUCAAAGUGAUGCCUCAUCAUCCCAUCUUUCUCCAGCAUUAAUAAGGCUACUUGAUGCUCUUGUUAAUUUAGCACAAACAGGUCCUACAGAACACACUGUUGGAAAAGGUUCAAAAUCUAUACACAGUAAGGGUACAAGCCAUCGAAGUCGUACACAUUCUUUUGAUAGACUCGGUGAUGAUGAGAAAAGUAAUACUAAGGUUAAAGAUCUUGAAGCCAUACAGAUGCUUCAAGAUAUUUUUUUGAAGGCAAAAAAUGUGGAACUUCAGGCGGAGGUGUUGAAUAGGAUGUUUAAGAUAUUUUCAUCCCAUCUUGACAAUUACCAGUUGUGUCAACAACUGCGGACCUUGCCCCUGUUUAUCCUUAAUAUGGCUGGCUUUCCUGCAUCAUUACAGGAGAUUGUUCUAAAAAUUUUAGAAUAUGCUGUGACUGUUGUAAACUGUAUUCCUGAACAAGAACUGCUUUCACUUUGUUGCUUAUUGCAGCAGCCUAUUACUGCUAGCCUGAAGCAUACUAUACUUGCUUUCUUUGUUAAGCUCCUGUCCUUUGAUCAGAAGUAUAAGAAAGUCCUUAGGGAGGUUGGUGUUUUGGAGGUUCUACUAGAUGAUCUGAAACAGCACAAGUAUUUUUCUGGUGUAGAGCAGCAAAACAGGAUUUCUAGUGGUUUAGAAAAGUCUAAUCCUGGCAGCUUCAGAAAACACAUCGACAACAAAGAUGGCAUUCUUUCUUCACCCAAAUUAAUGGUUUCUGGUUUAGGAAAAUAUCCUGUAUUUGAAGAUGACAGUACCACAGCUAUAGCAUGGGAUUGUCUUUUUUCUUUGUUAAGGAGAGCUGAAGCUAACCAACAAUCAUUCCGAUCAUCCAAUGGGGUCAGUGUCAUUCUUCCAUUAUUGAUAUCUGAUCGCCAUCGUUCUGGUGUUCUUCGGCUCCUAUCUUGUUUGAUUAUUGAAGAUGCUCUUCAGGCUCAUCCAGAAGAAUUAGGUAUGCUAAUUGAGAUUCUCAAGAGUGGGAUGGUUACAAGUGUCUCUGGAUCUCAAUACAAACUUCAAACUGAUGCAAAAUGUGAAAUAUUAAGUUCAUUAUGGCGUAUCUUUGGGGCAAACAAUUCAGCACAAAGAGUUUUCGGAGACGCCACAGGCUUUUCCCUACUGUUAACUACAUUACAUGGUUUUCAGGGCAGUGAGCUUCCAGAUGUUCAAUCUUCUAUAAAUGUUUUUAAUUUUCUAAUGCGAGCCAUCACUGCUGGGGUAUUCAAUAAUCCUGUCAAUAGAUUGAGACUCCAAGCAACUAUGUCAUCUCAGACAUUUUAUGAUCUUCUCUGUGAGUCCGGUUUGCUUUGUGUGGAAUGCGAGAAGCAAGUUGUCCAGUUGUUGUUUGAGCUUGCACUUGAGAAUGUUCUUCCACCAUCUGCUAAUAUUCAGGGGGAGAGUUCUUCCUCUGAUACCUCGGAGGAUGAGCCAAAUUCUUUCUUGGCCAUCUCUCUUGGUAUAUCUAGGCUUGACAAUGAGCGGAUAUACAAUGCUAGUGCAGUGGGUGUGCUCAUACGUUCCCUGUUAUUCUUUACUCCAAAAAUGCAAUUGGAUAUCCUGAAGUUCAUUGAAAAGCUUGCUCAUGCUGGUCCAUUUAAUCAGGAAAAUUUAACUUCUGUUGGAUGCAUUGCACUUCUGCUGGAGACAAUUAGGCCAUUACUUGAGGGCUCAUCCCUGCUACUUAUACAUGCUUUCCGAAUUGUGGAAGUUCUAGGAGCAUUCAGGCUGUCUUCUUCUGAGCUUCGAGUUCUUGUAAGAUAUGUUCUGCUGUUAAAGUUGAAGAAUUCAGGGCAACUUCUUGUUGAUAUGAUGGAAAAAAUAGUACAGAUGGAAGACAUCAGAUCAGAGGGUGUUUCCUUAGCACCAUUUGUUGAGAUGGACAUGAGCAAAGUGGGUCAUGCAUCCAUUCAGGUGUCUUUAGGAGAAAGAACAUGGCCUCCAGCUGCUGGGUAUUCUUUCGUUUGUUGGUUUCAGUAUCAUAAUUUAUUGAAAAGUCAAGUUAAAGAAUCUGAGCAGGCAUCCAGAAUUGGAUCUAGCAAAAGCAAUGCUUCUGGUGGUCAGGUAUUGCAUAUCUUUUCUGUUGGUGCAAUGAAUGAUGGAAACACAUUAUAUGCAGAACUCUACCUCCAAGAGAAUGGUGUCUUAACUCUAGCAACAAGUAAUUCGUGCUCACUAUCAUUUCCUGGCAUAGAAAUGGAAGAAGGAAGGUGGCAUCACCUUGCAGUUGUUCAUAGCAAACCUAAUGCGUUAGCAGGAUUAUUCCAAGCCAGUGUAGCAUACCUUUAUGUUAAUGGAAAGCUGAUUCACACAGGAAAGCUUGGCUACUCACUAUCUCCUGUUGGUAAAUUAUUGCAAGUUACUCUUGGUACACCAGUUUCUCAUGCAAAAAUUACUGAUUUAUCAUGGAGGCUUAGAUGCUGUUAUCUUUUUGAGGAGGUGCUCACCUCUGGUAGUGUUUUCUUCAUGUAUAUUCUUGGCCGAGGAUACAGGGGACUAUUUCAGGAUGCAGAUCUUCUAAGGUUUGUCCCAAACCAGGCUUGUGGUGGGGGCAGCAUGGCAAUACUAGAUUCUUUGGAAGCUGAGUUGCCUAUGGCUUCCAAUUCACAACGACCUGAUAGUUCUAUCAAACAGGGAACAACCAAGUCAGAUCGCAGUGGGAUUGUUUGGGAUUUGGAAAGAUUGACAAACCUUUCUUUACAGCUUUCUGGCAAAAAACUCAUCUUCGCUUUUGAUGGAACAUCCUCAGAAUCAUUUCGAGCUUCUGGGACGUUGUCCUUGCUCAAUCUUGUUGAUCCAACAUCAGCUGCUGCCUCUCCUAUUGGUGGUAUACCACGCUAUGGUCGCCUUUCUGGAGACGUGUACAUCUGCAACCAAUUGAUGAUCAGUGAUAGUAUACGUGCUGUUGGUGGAAUCCCUGUUGUGCUUGCUCUUGUCGAGGCUGCUGAAACCAGGGACAUGCUACACAUGGCACUGGAGUUGCUUGCAUGUUCACUUCAUCAAAGUCCACAGAAUGUUAGGGACAUGCAAAUGUUGAGAGGAUAUCAUCUUCUCGCACUUUUUCUGCACCGUAAGAUGUCACUAUUUGAUAUGCAUUCACUUGACAUAUUCUUUCGUAUUGUGGCAUGUGAGGCCUCCUUUUCUGAACCACAAAAGUAUCAAGCAAGCGGGGCUAUGAGUCUUCCUGCUAGAACCUCACCAGAAGCCAGUGUAGAGGAUCUUUCUUUUCCAAAAUUUUCUGAUGAAAUUAAUUCAGUUGGAUCUCAUGGAGAUCUGGAUGAUUUCUCUGCACAAAAGGAUUCCUUUAGUCAUCUUUCAGAUCUUGAAAACACUGAUUUGUCAGAUGUAAACUCAAACUGUAUUGUUCUGUCAAAUGCUGACAUGGUCGAGCAUGUCCUCCUAGACUGGACAUUGUGGGUUACAGCUUCUGUUUCGAUUCAAAUUGCACUUAUUGGAUUUCUUGAACGCAUGGUAUCCACGCACUGGUAUAGAAAUCACAACCUGACAAUCUUACGUCACAUGAACCUGGUUCAGCAUUUAUUAGUAACUCUGCAACGUGGUGAUAUGGAAGUUCUUGUUUUAGAGAAGUUGGUGGUACUGCUUGGUGUCAUUCUGGAGGAUGGCUUUUUACCUUCUGAGCUAGAACUAGUUGUCAAAUUUGUUAUUAUGACAUUUGAUCCGCCCCACCUGACUCAAGGGAAUCAGAUUAUUCGAGAGACAAUGGGAAAGCAUGUUAUAGUAAGGAACAUGUUACUGGAGAUGCUUAUUGAUUUACAAGUAACUAUUAAUGCUGAAGAGUUGCUUGAACAGUGGCAUAAGAUUGUCUCAUCCAAAUUGAUUGCCUUUUUCCUUGAUGAAGCUGUACAUCCAACCAGUAUGAGAUGGAUCAUGACUCUUUUGGGAGUUUGUCUUGCUUCUUCUCCUACGUUUGCUCUCAUGUUCCGUAGCAGCGGGGGUUACCAAGGGUUGUCACGUGUUCUUCCAAGCUUCCAUGAUUCUCCUGAAAUAUACUAUAUUCUCUUCUGUUUAAUAUUUGGUAAGGCUGUCUAUCCCAGGGUGCCUGAAGUCCGCAUGCUUGACUUUCUUGCCCUUUUGCCUAAUGAUGGAAACUAUGGCGAGUUGAAAUUUGUCGACCUGUUAGAAACAGUGAUUGCUAUGGCAAAAGCCACAUUUGAUAGAUUGAGCAUGCAGUCAAUGAUUGCUCAUCAAGAUGGUAAUCUGUCACUUACCAAUGGUAGCUUAGUUGCAGAGCUUGUAGAAGCAACAACAGAUAUGGCAGGAGACCUUCAAGGUGAAGCACUAUUGCACAAGACUUAUGCAGCACGAUUAAUGGGUGGGGAGGCAGGGGCGCCUAUUGCUGCCACCUCGAUUUUGCGGUUUAUGGUUGAUUUAGCAAAAACAUGUCCUUCGUUCUCUGCUUUGUGCAGGCGAGCAGAUUUUCUUGAAAGCUGUGUUGAUCUAUAUUUUUCUUGUGUAAGGGCUGAUUGUGCAUUAAGGUUGGCUAAAAAUCUUCCUACUGUUGCACCUGAGGAGAAGAAUGAUAUUGAUGAUGAUGAGGAUUCUGAGAACACAUUCACUAGCUUGCCUCCAGAAAAUGAGCAGUCUGUGAAAACUUCCAUAAGCACUGGAAGCUUUCCUCAAGAGCAAAAAAGUACUAGUUCCACAGAUAUACAAGGGACACCUAAUUAUCCUUUGAUUGAUGCUACUGUAAAAAGAGAUGAUGCAAGAAAUGUAGAUCCUAAGAAAUCUCUCAGUGGAGAAGGUGACCAAUCUCUCUGGAGUCCUAAUGAGCAAAAUUUCAGUGACAUGUCUUUUACUUACAAUGAUCCUGAUAUAAGGGCUCAGAUUCUCAGUCAACCAUCUGAUACACUUAGUUCUGCCUCUAUGUCUGUCCCUUAUUCUCCUGCCCAAUCUGAGAAUUCAAACAUGAAAACUAGUGCAUCUCCUGUACUUGCUUUAACAUCAUGGAUUGGCAGCACAGGCAGUAACAGUGAUGCAAAAGCAAAAUUAACUGCUACUCCAUCAAUGAGAUCUUUUUCCUUGAAUGAGUCUGAUUCAUCUCCUGAUUUAAAGACAAAUUCGCAUGAAUCAUCUGCUGCAAGCAUGUUUCUUCCAAUAAAUCCAAAGCUGUUACUUGAAAUUGAUGAUUCAGGUUAUGGAGGUGGUCCAUGUUCUGCAGGAGCUGCUGCUGUUUUAGACUUCACUGCUGAAGUUCUUGCUGAUAUUGUCUCAGAACAAUUGAAAGCAACCCAGUUUGUAGAGAAUAUUUUAGAAUCUGUUCCACUUGAUGUGGAUGUUGAGUCUGCUUUAGUUUUUCAGGGAUUGUGCUUAGGUAGAUUGAUGAACUUCCUGGAAAGGCGCCUCUUGCGUGAUGAUGAAGAUGAGAAAAAACUUGAUAAAAAUCGGUGGACUGUAAACUUAGAUUCUCUUUGUUGGAUGAUCGUAGAUCGUGUAUAUAUGGGAUCUUUUUCUGAGCCAAUUGGAGUAUUUAGAACGUUGGAGUUUCUGUUGUCAAUGUUACAACUUGCUAAUAAAGAUGGUCAUGUGGAAGAGGCAGCACCUGGAAAAGGAUUAUUGUCCAUUGCCAGAGGAAGCAAGCAACUUGAGGCAUAUAUUCAUGCCAUUCUGAAAAACACAAAUCGCAUCAUAAUGUACUGCUUUUUACCUUUGUUCUUAAAGUCCAUUUGUGAGGAUGAUCUGCUUUUUACUAUGGGUUUUCAAUCUGAAAGGAGUACCAACUUAUCUUUGAACGAAAUGCAAGAUGAGUCAACUGUCAAUAUAUGCACAAUUUUGCAGCUGUUAAUUGCUAACAAGCGGCUGGUACUUUGCCCAAGUAAUCUCGAUACUGAUCUGAUUUGUUGUCUUUGCAUAAAUUUAAUUGCUCUUCUACGUGACAAUAGAUCAAUGGCUCAAAAUCAAGCAGUGGACCUCAUCAAGUACCUGCUGUUGCAUCGUCGACCAGCACUCGAAGACUUUCUUGUGACAAAGCCAAAUCAAGGACCUGCUUUGAAUGUGUUGCGUGGUGGUUUUGAUAAGUUAUUGACAGGGAAUCUCUCUGCAUUUUUUGACUGGUUCGAGGGCUCUGAGCAAGCCAUUAAUAAAGUCUUGGAACAAUGUUCAUCUAUCAUGUGGGCGCAAUAUGUAUCUGGGUCAGCUAAGUUUCCUGGUGUCAGAAUUAAAGGCAUGGAAGUUCGUCGUAAGAGGGAAAUGAGUAGGAAAGCACGGGAAUGUGCAAAGUUAGAUGUAAAACAUUGGGAACAGAUAUAUGAGCGACGAUUUGCUCUUGAAUCAGGUCAAGAUCUAAUGUCUACAGAACUAAGAGCUAUUCGCCAAGACAAGUAUGGUUGGGUUCUUCAUGCUGAAAGUGAGUGGCAAAAUCAGCUUCAGCAACUUGUUCAUGAAAGAGGGAUUUUUCCCAUUCGGCGUGCAUCUUCGAAACUCGAAUGGCAGCUCUGUGCUCUUGAAGGGCCAUAUCGGAUGCGGAAAAAGCUUGAACGCUGCAAACUCAAAAUUGAUACAAUCCACAGUGUCCUGGUGAGAGGCGUUGAGCUGGAGAAGCCAAAGAUGUUUAAGCAAAAGCAUGAAAAUGGUGCAGGUACAUCUGGAUCCGAGUCAGAUUCUUAUUUUAAUAUAUUAUCGGAUGAUGCUCCAGACAAGAGCUAUGAUGGUAGUGACCACAAAGAGUCCUCAAUAAAAGAAGUUGGUUCUAGAGUUGAAACCUUACCAUCUGCUCAGAUUGGGUGGAAUGAUGAUCAUUAUAGCAGUAUGCAUGAACCAAGUGUUCACUCUGCGACGGAAGGUGGCAAUAAGUCAAGUUCCUUUUCUGUUCAGAUGACAGAGGAAAAAAAAUCUGAACUAGGCACUCCAAAGCAGUCACCUUCUUUUAAGAGUUAUGACACAAGAGCUCCGGAGCUCAAACAAGAGAAAGAACUGCUUGAUAAUGGUGAAUAUCUUAUCAGGCCUUUUCUUGAACCUUUAGAAAAGAUAAGGUUCAGGUAUAAUUGUGAACGUGUUGUGGGCCUUGACAAGCAUGACGGUAUAUUUCUUAUAGGGGACCUCUGCUUGUAUGUUAUCGAGAACUUUUACAUUGAUGAUUCUGGCUGCAUAUGUGAAAAGGUAAACGAGGACGACCUAUCUGUGAUUGAUCAAGCUUUGGGUGUGAAAAAGGAUGUCUCAGGGAGCAGUGACUUCCAGCUAAAAUCCCCUUCAACACGGAGCAUGGCAGUAAAGACAUUGGCUGGUGGAAGAGCAUGGGCAUAUAAUGGAGGUGCUUGGGGAAAGGAGAAGGUUUGUAGCAGUAGUAACCUGCCGCAUCCAUGGCACAUGUGGAAGCUUGAUAGCAUUUAUGAACUCCUGAAACGUGAUUACCAGCUUCGUCCUGUCGCUAUUGAAUUAUUUAGCAUGGAUGGAUGUAAUGAUCUUCUGGUUUUCCACAAAAAGGAGAGAGAGGAGGUCUUCAAAAACUUGAUCACAAUGAACCUUCCACGGAAUAGCAUGUUGGACACAACAAUAUCUGGGUCAUCAAAACAAGAAAGCAAUGAGGGAAGCCGCCUUUUUAAGAUCAUGGCCAAGUCCUUCUCAAAGAGAUGGCAAAAUGGAGAAAUUAGCAACUUUCAGUACCUCAUGCACCUCAACACUCUUGCAGGACGUGGCUAUAGUGAUCUUACACAAUAUCCAGUAUUUCCAUGGGUUCUUGCAGAUUAUGAGAGUGAAACUUUGGAUUUGAAAAAUUCUCGGACAUUCCGUAAACUUGAUAAACCAAUGGGAUGUCAAACAGCAGAGGGAAAGGAAGAGUUUAGGAAACGAUAUGAGACUUGGGAUGAUCCUGAUGUCCCCAAGUUUCACUAUGGUUCUCAUUAUUCUAGUGCCGGAAUUGUACUUUUCUAUCUUGUUAGGCUGCCACCAUUUAGCACUGAAAAUCAGAAAUUACAAGGGGGGCAGUUUGAUCAUGCAGACCGUUUGUUUAAUAGUGUGAGAGAUACAUGGUUAAGUGCAGCUGGAAGAAGUAACACAUCGGAUGUGAAGGAACUGAUCCCUGAGUUCUUUUACAUGCCUGAGUUUCUGGAGAAUCGCUUUAAUCUCGACCUGGGUGAAAAACAGUCAGGCGAAAAGGUUGGUGAUGUUGUUCUGCCCCCUUGGGCCAAAGGCAGUCCUAGAGAGUUCAUAAGGAAGCACCGGGAAGCCUUGGAAUCAGAUUAUGUUUCGGAGAAUCUGCAUCACUGGAUAGACCUCAUCUUUGGAUAUAAGCAGAGAGGGAAGGCAGCUGAAGAUGCUACUAACGUUUUCUAUCACUACACAUAUGAAGGAAAUGUGGACAUAGAUUCAGUCGAAGACCCUACCAUGAAAGCCUCAAUCCUGGCUCAGAUAAAUCAUUUUGGUCAGACACCUAAGCAGUUAUUCCUGAAGCCGCAUGUUAAGCGCCGAACUGACAGGAAAGUUCCCCUUCACCCUCUUCGUUACAGUGCCAGUCUCGUCCCGCAUCAAGUCCGGCGGUCUUCGUCUUUCAUCUCUCAGAUUGUGACAUUGAAUGAAAAGAUUCUUCUAGCUAGAGCAAAUAGCCUACUCAAACCGGUGACAUAUAACAAGUACAUAUCUUGGGGGUUUCCAGAUAGAAGCUUGAGAAUUAUGAGCUAUGACCAAGACAAACUUCUUUCCACUCACGAAAAUCUUCAUGGUGGAAACCAGAUUCAAUGUGUCGGGAUCAGUCAUGAUGGUCAGAUUCUGGUGACUGGUGCUGAUGAUGGUGUUGUUGCAGUUUGGAAGUCCGACAAAGAUAACCACCUGAGUUUGGGGAGGGCCCUCUGUGCCCAUACUGGCAAGAUAACAUGCCUCCAUGUCAGCCAGACUUACUCACUCAUUGUGACAGGCUCUGACGACUGUAGUGUGAUUCUGUGGGAUCUAACAAACUUGGUCUUUGUGAAGCAGCUUCCUCUGUUCCCGGCACCAGUCUCGGCUGUCCAUGUGAAUGAACUUACAGGAACAGUUUUGACUGCUGCAGGGAUUCUUCUUGCAGUUUGGAGUGUCAAUGGGGACUGCCUCACGAUGAUGAAUACCUCACAACUCCCUUCGGAUGUCAUUUUGACAAUAACAAGUGCGGCAUACUCCGAUUGGCAGGACACAAACUGGUACAUGACGGGUCACCAGAGUGGAGCAGUCAAGGUCUGGAACAUGGUGCAUUGUUCCACAGACGAGGCCAACAGGAGCAAGUCACCAACAAAUGGAUCGGGACUGCUGAAUUUAGGUGGGAGGUUGCCUGAGUACAACUUGGUUCUGCACAAGGUACUCAAGUCCCAUAAACAUCCUGUCACGGCACUUCAUCUUACAAGUGAUAUGAAGCAGCUGUUGAGCGGUGACUCAAGCGGACACUUGCUGUCGUGGACCCUUUCCGACAACAGCUUGAGAGCUUCUUGAGGCUACAAACGAUGGCCCAUCGAAUCAAUCUGCUAGUGUUCGAUAACAUCGGUCCUCAAGCUUAGGACUAAGUUUUGAUCACUCAGUGACACCAUCUGGGCGAACAGAAGUCACCGAGGGCUGGCCUGAAAGUCGUAGCGAAAGAAGAGAUUUGUUGAUGGUCACGGCACAGCUCCAUUAACUAAACAGAGUCCGGGCACAUACACACGAUAUUGGUGGUCGACAGAUGAUCGAGGUGAGAUAUGAUAGAAAAGUGAAUUUAGCCAAUUAUUUUCUUUAUUUUUCUCCCUUCUGUGGCAAGGCAUUGCGAGCAGGGAGGCUUCUUCAGAAUCCAAGGCAGUCGAUGCCGGUUUGCCUGUUUUGGUGUAAAUUGGUGAUCGAUUAAUGCUCUAUCAAGUUGUAUAGAGCCAUCAUAUAAUGAAUGUUUUGGGAGCUGUGAUGGGUUGUAGAGAUUUUUAAGUGCGAGGAAGGGGUUUCAUAUAUGACCAUUUGAUUGAUUAUG